UCCCCGUCGACAGUCGAGCGCGACUUGUUACUUUUGAAUUGUGCUGUUUCGGACGGAUGACCGCUGUGUUCUUACAGUAAUUUAGUAUUAUCACCAGCAGCGAGCAUAUCGCUUUGUUCGUGUUUCAGAAAUUGCCGUUGACUUAAAACUGGCUUCGGCUUCGAAAUGGACAACGUCGCAGUUUCCAAACGCAACCACACCUUUAAGAAAGCAAACAAGGAAAACACAGAGUCUUCAAAUGGAAGCAAGUGCUCAAUCAGAAGAGACAAAACAUCCGCUGCUCCCUUCAAAGUGACAAACAUUAAAAAUGAGGACACCAUGGCAAAAAAUGGUCCCCUUAAAGCCAAAGCAGACCCACAGUCCACAUCUGGCGAGGCUGAGAAAAGGGGAAAGACCGUGCAGAAGGAGGCCAAAGGAGUUGCUGCUAGUGUCAAACUACAUCAAACACACAGCCGGGCCUUCCUGUGCCAACAGACUGUGAAACACAAAGUAGUUGCAGAAGCUCCAAAGCCACCGGCCGCUGGGCCGCCAUCAAAAUCUGCUCUCGGCAUGUACAAAGGCAAGAUUGUGCAGUCAAAAAUUGGAUCCAUUUGGAAGCCAACCGCUGGUGGAGCUGACCUCAAAACGGGGGAUCGAAAUGAGAUGAGACGCAGAUCCAAGUCGAUCGCUGAAAUGCCUGGACACGGCGCACAGAAGCCUUUUCAAACGAGCUCCAAGUCAGUGAUGGAUGGAACGGCUCAGGUGACCAAGCCUGCUGUCGUCAGCCGUCCUGCUGGAGUCCAGUCUGCUCGCCGCCCUGCCAGUGCCGUCUCGGAAACACUCGCCAGCUGCAGAAACGCCAAUGUGGCUCCCGUCCAGAGAGGUGGCACUCACAGAUCGCAGCCAAAGAGUCUGGCAACAAACAAGCAGGUCAACAAACCGCCUGUUUCAAGUACCCUCAGUCAGUACAGAUUUACCAUGGAGAAUGCAGAAGAGAGAAGAGCAAAACUGGCCGAUUGGCUAGCCUCCAAGGGAAAGACCUUCAAGAGACCGCCAUCCACGGCCGCAGAACCCUCAAAAACCAGAGUCCCUGCGAAAGCUAAAGUGCAAAGCCAAACUCCAGAGAUCAUGAACACCCCUCUGGAGCUACUUGAAAACUCUGAUAUUGAGCAGCAGGACAGUGUGGAUGAUAUCGUGGUAAACCUUUGUGAUGUUUUGGAAGCCCUGGUGACACCCUCUCGCUGUGAUGAGCUUUCAAAGAUGACUAAUGUUGGCAGCAAUGUACAACUGGAGGACAGCAAACCACAUUCUGAAUGUAAAGUAGAAGGGGUGCAGCAGAAGAUGUCUGAGAAUGUUGCACAAGUGAAGGAUGAAGUUGAGGAAAGUGAGGAAGGCGAGCUCGAUGAUGAGUGUGUGAUGGUGACCACGCCAAAGACUGCAGACGCUUCAGUGAUAAAGUACAGUGUGAAGACCACUCCUUACCUGCAGAGUGUCAAGAGGACAAUUGAAGAGGAGGCCAGCACAAGCCGGUGCAGGAGAAAGAGCAACAUUAAAGAUCUGAAGUUCCUCACACCGGUUCGUCGCUCUUGCCGCAUUGAGCGGAACGCCUCCCGCCUGCCCCCGAUGCUGGUCGAUCCGGAUCCUUGCGUGUCGUCGCUGGCUGAGCUGCUGAAGCUGGACGACCAUCCCAACGCCUACAUCUACAGAAAAAACCACGCCCUUCUGGAGGAGCAGCCAGACUCAGUUAAUGUUUAAAACACAUUUUAAAUGUAUGAGACCAGCGCUAAUGGACACUUUACGAAUGUUGAAAAUGAUUCUUUUAAUAAUUAAAUGUUCUUGUAUUGGGAAGGUAAUAUUAUUCCUGUUUAACUAUUGCAUUUACUGUCCCUUAACACUUCAUUUUAAUAACUUGUAUUGCAAAAUGUAUUGCAACAAAAUAAUCUUUACCUUUAUCUUACACCUGACACUGUAAAUAUCAAAAAUGGGAUCUUAAUCAUAAUGAAAGAACACUAAAGCAAAUUGUAAUUAAUGGAAGUCAAAUAAAGCAUCCAUUGCAUUCUACUUGACUCGAGGUGCUCAUUAAAGCUACUAAUGGAAUGAAUUUCAAAGUACGAUAACUAAGCAAAUUAUCAAUUUCAUCACUUCACAACCGUGAAGAAAGCUAAAACACUGCACUUUUAAAGUUAUUCCUUUAUUUUGAAACUAAGCCAUAGCAUUUUAUUACUCUUGCAAUAUAUUGUCCAAUUCCUUCUAUGUCCGACAUUUUCAUGUUUCUUGAUUUAUAAUCUGCUCCGUCUGUGUACCUUUUGAUAGUCCCUUUUACCGUAAAAAUCAAAACGAAAACACUGGUUUCUAGUUUCUUUUGAAUCAAAAGCGGUAAAAUGGAACUUGAUGGCUGUUUUCUUUAAUAAAAACGAGAUAACUGAAGUGGGCAGUUGUUUAGAACCAAUAAACGGACCCUGCUCCAAGGUGUUAAACUUCA